UCUUAGUCACCAUCCAUAGUUGUAUCUAUUUGUAUCUCUGUAACUUGUGUCAGCACCUGGGAAAUAUUACUUGUUACAAUUUGGUAACAUGUAAAGAGUAUAAUACAAAGCUCUCACCACCAGGUGUCGCUAUUGUAACACAAUGUAUCUGAUCUGUAUAAACUGUAACUGUAAGGAUUUAUACUGCUGUGAUAAAUAGACGAUCUCUAUGGAUAGAUGUGAUUUAAGGAAGUUAUUGAUUUACCCAAAUUUGGAGGUACAUUUAACUCUUUCGUUAACUGGUUGUACACAUGGUGUUAUUCAUCCUGAGAAUUGAUGGGUUUAUUUGUUUUUAUGGUAUUAACACGUGGGAUCAGGCUCUCGGACGAUUAUUCUCGGUCACUCUCAUUGCACAUAUCGGGGCUCCAUAUAAUGUCGUACAAUGUGUGCAGAGUCUUGGUGCCCGGGGGUGAGCAGUCCUGUAGACCUGGUAAUGCUGCCCGAGUGAUCGAUCCAUUCACAAGAUUUGUUCUGCCAUCUGCUGCUCCCCGCACACACAUUAUACACCUGACAGAUUAUUGUGCUGCUAUUGAUCCUCUCCCAUGUGUGUAACAUACAGCUCACACACCUGCCCGAUCACCAUUCCCGCUCGGUACAAUGACGACUGCUCUUCUCUAGAAUGUUGGGGAGAAUCGCGGUAAGAAAAAAAAACUGAUUAUUUAGAAUCGGAAAAAUGCAGCAAACGUUUUGGAAUGGGCGGGAAAUUCAAAACCUUCUUGUCUCGUGUUCAGCCAAUCAACGGAAAGGGGGGAGGGUCAGGAAUGUAAAUGUGGUUAAAAGAAACGCCCCCGGAUGAUGUCAUCUUUGUUCUAGUUUUCUUUCAGGUCCGCCCAUGUGCUAUAUAAGCCGGACUCGGCCGCACUCAGUAUCUUGCAGUCUACUCGCUACAUAGAGAAGAUGUCUGGACGCGGUAAAGGAGGGAAAGGUCUCGGUAAGGGCGGAGCCAAGCGGCACAGGAAGGUGCUCCGGGAUAACAUCCAGGGCAUCACCAAGCCUGCCAUCCGCCGUCUAGCUCGCAGGGGAGGUGUGAAGCGCAUCUCCGGCCUCAUCUAUGAAGAGACUCGCGGUGUCCUGAAAGUCUUCCUGGAGAACGUCAUCCGUGACGCCGUCACCUACACCGAGCACGCCAAGAGGAAGACCGUCACCGCCAUGGACGUGGUGUACGCCCUCAAGCGCCAGGGCCGCACUCUCUACGGCUUCGGAGGUUAAUUCUGCUUCUACUCGGCUCCAUCUCAUCAACCCAAAGGCUCUUCUCAGAGCCGCCCACAUGUUCUAUGGAAAGGCUACAAUUCCUUGUGUCUUCUCUACUGAGAGGUUGUGUGAUCGGUGUUUUGCUCUUGUGGUUGCGGUGUUUGUUUUUCCCUGUCCUGCCAUAAUCGCUGCACCUGAUCAGUCUAUCGGUAUUUCCCUCCUAUCUGCUCCGGGGGAUCUCCUCUGAAUGUUCUGACUACUGCCCUCAUCUUCCUCCGUGAUUAUAGUUACUGUUACAAUCUACAUUCAUCUUCUCCAGAUUACAUUACUUCCCUCCCCACCAUAUCACUCAUUACCUCCCUAAAGAGUCCGUGUUAUAGAACAUGCAAAUCUCCUGAUAAUAUCCCGGUAAGA